AUGAAAGACCUUGGGAGCUUUACCGUCGAUAUUACAAUAGGAGAUAAAAAGGUUGCUAAAGCCAUGUUAGAUUUAGGAGUAAGCAUCAAUUUGAUGCCAUAUUCAACAUAUGCACAACUUGGCUUAGGAGAAUUGAAGCCAACUACCAUGUCUCUACAACUGGUUGAUAGGUCGAUUAAGUAUCCAAGAGGCACAGUGGAAGAUUUGUUGAUUCAAGUAGGAAAACUGAUAAUCUCUGCUGACUUUGUGGUUCUUGACAUGAAAAAUAUAUUAGCAAGGGAUAAGGAGCAAAAAAUACUCAUUGGUAGAUCUUUCAUGGGAACUACUAAGACAGUUAUUGACGUGCAUAAUGGGAAGCUGACUAUGACAGUCUUGGAAGAGACUGUAGAAUUUAAAGUGUUUGAUUCUCUAACUAUAUCUCCUAGCACUUCAAUUGAUGAAUAUUCAUAUGUUGAUUGCAUGGAUUAUUUUGUUUAUGAAACAUAUUUACAAGAUAAGAAUGAUAAGUUAGAAGUUGCAUUAACAUUGAAAAGCAUGAAGAAAAUUUAG